AUGAGAGGCGUGCGGGGGCUGCGACCGCAACCAACACUUGAACGGCGGGCCAAUUGGCCGGUCAGCUGCAUAGGUUGCUACUACUUGGGUGGUGGCCAGCAGCGGCCAUACAGCAGCGUCAGCGGCAGCAGCAGGGCCAAGCCGACGGAGUCGGCCGUGUCCGUGCACAGAAUGGAUGACCACGGCCACAGCUACCACAUCAAGGACUUCCCCUCCAAGGAGGAGGCCGAGAAGUACCUGGAGGAGCUCGACCGGCGCAACACCACGCACGUCGGACAGGGCCACAAGCAGCACUACUGGAUCGAGUGGAAGCCCAGCCCACCGCGCCCAAGAGCUGUCUGA